AACGCAAGCUCAACCCAGCUCGAAACGUCACGGGUCACGGAGAGACCGCGCAGCAGCAGAGCUAGUUCGUUCAGGCAGCUUUAUUUGAGCAGACAUAUAUAGGAGAAGAUCCGAGGAGAAAGAUAUUAGCUUGCUAAGAGAUCUCGCCAUGGCGUCCAUGAUGGGAGGAGACUUGGUGGAGGCGUACGUGCUCAAGAACGCGUGCAAGGAGAAGCUCCGGCGCAUGGAGGCGGCGGCGGCGGCGGCCGACGAUAAGACGAGCAAGCAGGGCCGCCUCGCGGAGAAGAAGGUCUCAGGCAGAGGACGACGCCUGCUUGGGCUCCUGAAGAAGAAGGUGCACCCAAAAGCGGCCGCGUCGUCGUCGCCACCCGAAAGCGGCGCUGAAGAAGCAGCCUCGUCUUCUUGAUUCAGCUCCGUCCAACAAAUUCGCUGCCCACCAUUGCCGGACGAUAGAUCAGCCGUGUGGGAGACGAAGACGAAGCACGAGCACGUGCGUGGCCUGCUCGAAACCACUCAAACAGAGACAGAGUGCGUGCUUUUCUAGCUAGGAUUGUGUUGUUGUGUACUACUUGUGUAGCCUUCGUUCGUUCGUUCUUUCGUUCUCUGUUCACUCGCUUGAGAUCGAUCGUGUUGUUUCAUUGGUAAGUGGUAACUCAGUGCAAGUUACGUGAAAUGGCAAAACGUAUUGGCCAAGCGCCCAAGCUAUACUAUAUAAUUUACUUCAGCUAUAAUAUUGUCUUCCCUGUGUGUGUAAUGGCUGCGAUAAUUAAAUGUUUAUCAUAUGAA